UGGCAACAACACGUAGAGUACGUUGAGCGAAUAGACAGGAGGCAGAACCGAGCUGACAUAGACAAGAAACGUCCACGUUUGACAGUUUGCCAAUGUUUGAUUUCUAAAAAACAACACAUAACAGCAAUAAUAAACGCAAUUCUUCUCUAUCUUCAUGCCUUGCGGCUUCAGUUCGCAUGCUCUGUGUGUGUCGGAGGGGAGGAUGCGCGGCUGAAGACUUCAGUCCAGAUGACAAGGCGCGGAGAGAUUAAAGCAUCCGCAUCCUGAGCAUCCCGACAGACAAUCACAGCGAUGAUGGAGGGGCGACACGAGUUUUUAUGCGGUGUUGUUGAGGGUUUCUAUGGGAGACCCUGGUCAAUGGAACAAAGGAAGGUGCUAUUUCAGUGGAUGCAGAUGUGGAGUUUGAACACAUAUCUGUAUGGUCCUAAAGAUGAUCUGAAGCACAGGUUACUGUGGAGGGAGGUUUAUUCAGCAGAGGAAGAGGCUCAGUUAACCGCUUUGGUGUGUGAGGCAGAGUCGAGGGGUUUGACAUUUGUAUACGCUCUUUCUCCGGGUCAGGAUAUCGUCUUCUCCAGCUCUUGUGACCUCACACUGCUUAAACGCAAACUCAGACAAGUGUCAGACCUGGGCUGUCAGGCUUUUGCCCUCCUAUUUGAUGACAUUGAUCACUCCAUGUGCCAGUCAGAUACAGAGGCCUUUUCCUCAUUCGCUCAGGCCCAGGUUACAGUGGCCAAUGAGAUCUUCCGUUUCCUGGGGGAACCACCUGUCUUCCUAUUCUGUCCCACUGAGUACUGUAGUUCUCUGUGCACUCCUAGCGUGUCAAAGUCUGCCUACCUGCUGACAGUUGGGGAGGAUCUUCUCCCUGGCAUCUCUGUCAUCUGGACCGGAAAUAAGGUGAUAUCACGGGAACUGAGUCCUGAAUCACUAGCUGAGGUCCAAUCGGUGCUUCGAAGGCCACCCCUCAUUUGGGACAACCUUCAUGCUAAUGAUUAUGACUCCCGACGUGUCUUCCUGGGGCCUUUUAAGGGACGCCCCCCUGGACUCAGGGCCCAUCUGAGGGGUCUGCUGCUAAAUCCAAACUGCGAAUUUGAAGCCAAUUUCAUCCCUCUGCAUACCCUGGGAAGCUGGUAUAAAGAAGGAAAGGAGGAGGGGAAAGGUAAUGAAGAGGCCUAUAGUGUGGAUAGAGCGUUGUCAUCUGCCUUGCAAGACUGGAUGAAGGAGCUCAGCCUUCCUCUGCAGCCUGGACGUCAAGUGAGGCCAACAAACCUCAAGCCCUUAACGCUCUCUGUUAAAUCAAAGUCCUCCGAUAGCUCAGACAAUCAACGUGGAGCCCAGCCCAAAUGUCCCAUAAUCUCUUCCCGGAGCACAGGGGCUCUCGCUAGCGAUGAAAUCCCAGCAGACCCUCUUAUGAGCCAGGAUCUGAAAGCUGGGGAGGACCAGGUCUCCAGGAGCUUCAGCCAUGAAAAGACCUCUAGAAGGGGAUUGUGUUCUGGGAGGGUUCCUCUCAGCGAGGCCCAGGUCCAGUUGCUUGUAGGCCUGUACUACCUGCCUCAUGAACAUGGACCACCUGCUCAGAAUCUGCUGCAGGACCUCACAUGGCUCAAAGCCAACUGUCACUGUGUCAGUGUCAAUGGCAAUGGCAAGAAGGCCUCGCCACAGAAGGUAGAGGAAUGGCGGGACCGUGCGGGCCGUUUCCUGGCUGCGUGUGAUGAUGUGGCUUUACUGCACGGUGCUGUUGUGAACAGCAUCAAUAGGGCUGUUCUCUACGACCUUUACCCUUACAUCUGGGACUUGAGAAACACCCUGCUGGUGGCCAAGGCUUUCAUCUGCUGGCUAGAGGGGCGUAUACUGAGUGAAGGUUCUCCACUAGGCUCCUGGAAGAACUGCUUCCACUGGUGUGGGGCUUCUUCAGGGGCGGAGCUCCAUGGCGUGGAGGCGGAGCCAUGGGUGUUUAAAGGAGGACUAUCUGGAGAGGUGCAGAUGCUUCUGCCUGUGGGGACCAGCACUGAGUUGUUCAGUCACCCUCCCCCUCUGUUCCCCACCUCUCGACUUUAUAAUAUACGGCCAUUCCAGCAAAAAGACAAGGUGGAGCUGUACCGAAUGGUGCGUCAGUUGCAUCAGAGGGGUAAAGGGAGCCAGGAUGCUGCCAUCUCCCAUCCAGAUUUCAUUGGGGACAGGUGUCUGGGUGCGUCUCUGGCCUUGUGCCCAGAGUACAGCUUGGUUCUGGAGGAUGAACUGGGUGUAUGUGGGUGCGCUGUGGGCAUUCUGGAUGUCCGCUCCUUUGCCAAACGAUGUCAGGCCACCUGGCUACCUGCUAUGAGGGACAAAUAUCCUUCACGCCCCCAUGGAGCGAGUGGACAUACUGCAACAAAGGAGGCGCUGCUGUAUUUCCAUGAAGAACAGGACUAUCCAGACUCCCUGCUGUAUCAUUUCCCUUCUCAGCUCAGGCUUGAGGCUCUUCCUGAACUGGUGGAUUGUAGCGUCAGUCGUAGCCUCCUCACAGCCCUGCUAACGGCCCUCAAAGCUAACGGUUCACAGGGUGUUUUUUGCGAGGUCCAGCCUAUAGAUGGAUUACGGAUGGAAUUUUUGACAAAGCUGGGAUUUCUGGAAAUCCUCCGUGGAGAAGCACGGCCUAGAGAAGGUGUAGUUUUGGGGAGGCUGUUAUAAGCAAAUAUCCAAAACACACAGGAUCCAGCUGAAAGAAAAUCAGAUUUCAAAUGAACAUGUUGCCAUGUUUGAGGCUGGAGCUGUGGUUAUAGUUGUGCUUAGAAAAAUGGUUGGGCUUAGAAAGUGCUUUGGUCUAUUCCCCCCACACCCCCAAAAUAAAUAAAUAAACGAAAUGCAUUUUGCAUGCCAAAAUCAAAUCCAAGAUCAGAUGAAAAAAUAUAUAUUGUACUAUGAUGAUCUGCAAUUUUUGAAGGCUUUUUAGGCAUUUGCAUUUCAGAGAAUAACAAAAAUUUGGCAUCAGAUUGAUUGUUAUUUGUUUUGUUUGUUAAAAUAUUUUGUUUGUGAAUAUUUUAUUUAUAAUAGUACAAGCCACAAUAAAAUGUAGGAAACGUAGGUUUACGGUAUGUGUUUACACUGAAAGUAGUUGUGGGACUAUCAGAGAUUGUCUGUAGGCACUUUUUGUGACUAUUUUAAAAUUUCUUGACAUUUAGUCACAUUGGACUUAGCGUGAACAGGCCUUUAGGCUUUAUGGUCAAAGUUGGGGGCUUUGUGAAAAAAUGUUAGGGACAAAAUAAGAACUUAAUAGUGAUCACUUGUUUACAGCUUCAUCUUCGUUAAUCAGCAUUCAGUUUGCUUUCUCACUGCACCAUGCAUUUGGAGCUCUUUUAUUGGUUCACAUAAACUUUUGGCUCUGUGGUUGGGGAUGCUAAAACUUGCUGUUUUUUAUUGAGAGUGUCUGUGUUGCAGCUAUGGAUGGAUGUAGGAGCAAAAAGCACAAUGUUUCUCUUCUGUAUUCAGCGCACACACACACAAACUUCCCCUAGCCAGUCAUGGUCAGGCUCACAAAGCAGACUCCUGAAUAUUAUGUAAUAGACAUGAAAUAGCUCCUCCAGUGUGCUGAAGGGACCCUGACCUCCCAAGACUGAUGAAUCAUGGUGCAUCUUGCAGGGCUUUUUAUAGUUCUUUCUUUGAAUGAACUCUCUUUUUCUCUCACACAUACUCACUAAUCUUCUGAGAGGCUCAAUUAUUGUUAGCUCUAGCCUUCUCUCUUUGUCCCUUCACACACACACACACUCACUGUACGCACGUCUGUCCACACAUUCAAUAAUAUGCCUUCUGAUCUUUAACCAAUAGCCUUUUUUAAUCGCCAUGGCAAUCAUAAAAGAAACAUAAUAAAUUAAAUCUGCUUUUUUGCACCAUUGAUUUGAUAUCGUUUGAUAUAAUCUCACCGAUUUGAGAUUAUUUGCUAGUUUUUGUACAUUUAUGGUUAAAGACAUUUGAUUUUGCAUGCUAACUUUACUUUUCAUCCAUUUUAGAGCACUUUCACUAUUUCUGCAGGUUCUAAUGUUGGAAUUGUGAUAUGUAUACACUGAAAGGUCUCAGCUUAGAUAGUAAUAUUUAAUGUUAAAUUGUUUGCAUUUAAUGUUUUUAAGGAUUAUGGUACAGUACAACUGCAGUUUUUGUAAUAAUGGAAUAA